CAAAAUCUGAUUCUGAUUUAAUCAGAAUGUUCUUUUUCUGGUGCUUCAGUUAAUUCAAAUUCUAUUAUGGAUCCCAAGAAUUGGAGAAUUAAUCAGGAUGCUGAUCCCACUAUUGAAACAACUGACUGGAGAGCUCAACUGCACCCUGAAUCACGCCAACGAAUUGUCAAUAAAAUAGUGGACACAUUAAAAAAAAAUCUUCCUGUUACUGGUUCUGAGGGAUUACUUGAACUUCAGAAGAUUGCACAAAGGUUUGAAGACAAAAUUCUUGCUGCUGCAACAAGUCAGUCUGAUUAUCUACGGAAAAUAUCUUUAAAGAUGCUUGCAAUGGACAAUAAAUCUCAAAAUACCAUUGCCAACAAUAUGCUAUCAAAUGAAGUUGGUCCUAGCAAUAAACUUCUCAAUCAAGGAAAUUUUGGAAUGGCUCCUAUGCGUAAAUCCCUUAGGAAUCAAAGAAAGACUGGGCUUAACUCAACUUCCAAAACCAUUCCUGCUGAGGUGCUAUCGAGCUCUUCUACGGACCCACUGGGACAAGAGAAAGAACAUUCGUCGACACAGCCUGACCAUUUUAAGCGGCAGAGGGUAUCUUUGGGGAAUCCUUCAUAUUCUUCUGAAAGGAUGGAGUUCGGAACCCCCACAGCUCCUCUUGCUACAACGGUUAUCAACAAACAUGAUAACUUGUUUCUUCAAAGUGAAAUUUUUAAUAUUGCAGGACCGGCUGAGGCUUCCAAAGUUGUUUCACUUGGCCUCGAGAAAACCUUCGACGUUGUGGCCACUAAUGCAAUGUGGCUCAACUUCAUUGCUAAUGAAGCUAAAGAUGUUUUUAAGACUUGGCCUUCUGAGAAACUGAAAUACGAAGAAGAACUACAACGUCUUACCGACCAACUGAAGGAGAAGAAUGAAUUGAUUGCUCAACUGAAGGAAGAUAAUCUCAACUUGGCAACGAAGUCAGAGGGAGAAAAAGCUGAGCUCUCUGCCCAACUAGAAUCUUCGAAGAAGGCUUGUGAAAACGCCAAUACAUUGCUGAAAGAUGCUCAACAAUCACUGGAAGAGGUUCGUAAGAAACAAUCUGAUCUCAAAGAACCCAAGAAAGAAGUAGAUGAGUUUGAUCGGGGUAUUAACUGAGCUCUUGAUCAAUUUAAGUUGUUUAAUCCUGAUGCUGAUAUUUCCUUAACUACUGCU